GUGCACAACGCCGCGUCGGCGCGUAAUAAAACCUGCGACAAAUUUCCGUCACUUCCGCUGCCCUGAAACGCACGGCGCCACCGCCUCUCGCCCGUCUCCUCCCAAACAAAUCCAAUCCGAAAUCUACUCCCCCGCGCUUCGCCGGUGGAGAAGAGAGAAGCGACGACGCGCUCCUUCCGUGCGGGCUCGCCUCCCUCGUCGACCUCAUCCCGGAGCCACCGGAGGCAGAGACGGGCGGGCGGUCUCGCCCCACGCCGGUAUGCAGAACCAGAUCGUGUGCCAUGGUUGCCGGACCGUUCUACUCUACCCGCGAGGGGCGCCCAGUGUCUGCUGCGCGGUGUGCCAGGCCAUCACCACCGUGCCACCACCAGGACUGGAAAUGGCUCAGCUUAUAUGUGGUGGUUGUCGAACUUUGCUGAUGUAUACUCGCAAUGCAGACACUGUGAGAUGUUCAUGUUGUAAUACAGUCAAUCUUGUCAGACCAGUGAAUACUAUAGCUCAUGUGAACUGCGGUCAGUGCCAGACGACUUUGAUGUAUCCAUAUGGAGCACCUUCAGUAAAAUGUGCCAUAUGUAAUUAUAUCACAACUACUGGAACAAAUACUGUGACACCCAUGCCAUCUGCAAGGCCUACAUCAAAUGGAUCUUCAUAUAGUGCCUCGUCUACUUCUGCUCCUAAAUCUCAACCCCAGAAUGUAACUGUUGUUGUUGAGAACCCUAUGACAGUCGAUGAAAAGGGAAAACUGGUGAGCAACGUUGUAGUUGGAGUCACAGCUGGGAAAAAGUAACGUGUUAUGGUCACUUAAUACAUCAUUGUUGUGUGUUCUAUAUCAGAAGGUGUGAAUACCACGCAGUACAGUGCUACCCAAUGAUUGGUUGCUUGGUUGUCCUUGAAAAACAAAGAUACACCCAGUGUUUCUAACAUCCUGCAAAGGAGAUCAUGAAGGUCGAAAGGUUUAUUUUGAAUCUAUCGAUUCUUUUGUAUGUAUAUGAGCUCUGUUAGACAUUACCGUGUGAUCAGGUAGUUGAGGGGAACGACAGCGUAGUUUCAUGUGGUUACACAUUGGUGCACAAAUUGUUAGUUUGUGCUGUCUUCAUUGUUGAUAGUGUAGUUUGUACCGUGUGCAUUAUGAAAGGAAUCUACUGCAUCGUGCAUAGAUGUCAACCACAAAUCAAUGAGAGAAAAGGGUUUACAUGAGAAGUAUGAUUAAAGGAGCUGCUGAUAUGUGGGCAAGCUCAAAUGCACACUUUCAGUUGAUAUAAACAUCUAUCUUUUGGUUGCGGUCGA